UGGGCCGAGACUCCACCAUGCAGGAGGCGCCAGCCGCGCUGCCCGCGGAGCCGGGCCCCAGCCCCGUGCCCGCCUUCCUCGGCAAGCUGUGGGCGCUGGUGGGCGACCCGAGCACAGACCACCUGAUUCGCUGGAGCCCGAGCGGGACCAGUUUCCUCGUAAACGACCAGAGCCGCUUCGCCAAGGAAGUGCUGCCCCAGUACUUCAAGCACAGCAACAUGGCGAGCUUUGUUCGGCAACUCAAUAUGUACGGUUUUCGGAAGGUGGUGAGCAUUGAGCAGGGAGGCCUCCUCCGGCCCGAGCGCGACCACGUGGAGUUCCAGCACCCGAGCUUCGUGCGUGGCCGGGAGCAACUACUGGACCGCGUGCGGCGCAAAGGCGCCUGCGCUCCCAGUGACGAUGGCCGCUGGCCCCCCGAGGACCUGGGCCGGCUGCUGGGCGAGGUGCAAGCUUUUCGGGGAGCGCAGGAGAGCACUGAGGCGCGGCUGCGGGAGCUCCAGGCAGUACGGGGGCAAAACGAGAUCUUAUGGAGGGAGGUGGUGACACUGCGGCAGAGCCAGGGCCAGCAGCACCGGGUCGUUGGCAAGCUGAUCCAGUGUCUCUUUGGGCCACUUCAGGCUGGGUCCAGCAACACGGGAGCUAAGAGAAAGCUGUCCCUGAUGCUGGAUGAGGGGAGCUCAUGCCCAACACCGGCCAAAUUCAGUGCCUGCCCCCUACCUGGUGCCCUCCUGCAGGACCCCUACUUUAUCCAGUCGCCCCUCCCAGAGACCACCUUGGGCCUCAGCAUUCCUCACAGGGCCAGGGGACCCAUCAUCUCUGACAUCCCGGAAGAUUCUCCAGCCCCUGAAGGGACCAGGCUUCUUCCCUCCAGUGGUGGCAGGAGGGACGACAGCCAGGCAUUGCUCAAAGAAGAGCCAGCCAGCCCAGGAGUGGACGGCCAGGCUGGGCAGGCUCUGGCCCCAAACGAGUGUGGAUUCUGUGUGACAGCCCCACCACCACUGCCUGUGGCUGUGGUGCAGGCCAUCCUGGAAGGAAAAGGGAGCUUCCGCCCUGAGGGGCCCAGGAGUGCCCAACAGCCUGAACCAAGGGGGCCCAGGGAGGUACCUGACAGGGGGCCUCUGGGCCUGGAAAGCGGGGGCCGGAGCCCAGAGAGUCUGCUGCCUUCAAUGCUGCUUCAGGCCCUCCCUGAAAGUGUGGAGCCUGCAGGGCCCCUGGAUGUGCUGGGCCCCAGCCUCCAAGGGCGGGAAUGGACACUGAUGGACUUGGACAUGGAUCUGUCCCUGAUGCAGCCCCUGGUUCCAGAGAAGAGUGAGGCUGAACUGGCCGUCAGGGGGUUAAAUUCUCCAGGCCCAGGGAAGGACUCCACUCUUGGGACACCACUCCUGCUGGACGUCCCGGCGGCUGUGGGAGGCCCAGCUCUCAGCCUGCCUGGAGCUGUGACCAUUCAGAGCCCGCCCACUGCGAGCCGGGCCUCCUACCUGGGUCCCGGGGCUGAUCCCUCCCCCUGAGACUCUAGUCUGAAGCCAGCCUGGCUGAGGGCUGCCUGCAGCCUCACGCCUUUCUCGCCUUCCUGUCCCCCUGGCGGAGGCUGAGCGAAGACCCUGCUGCUCGGAGGCCCCCUUCCACUGCAGUUCCCAGUUAUGCACAUAAACCGCAUUGUUUUCUGUG